CGCGGCUCGGAACGAAGAGGCUCGGAGCCGCUGAGCGGCAUGAGCACUGCGCACGGCGGAGUGGCCCGGACGUUCCGGGUGCCCGGCCGUCACGGCUAUGCGGCCGAGUUCUCCCCGUACCUUCCAGGCCGCCUGGCCUGCGCCACCGCCCAGCACUACGGCAUUGCGGGCUGUGGAACCCUAUUAGUAGUGGAUCAAAAUGAAUCUGGGCUUAGGCUUUUCAGAAGCUUUGAUUGGAAUGAUGGUUUGUUUGAUGUGACCUGGAGUGAAAACAAUGAACAUGUCCUCAUCACCUGCAGUGGUGAUGGCUCCCUUCAGCUCUGGGACACUGCCAAACCCACAGGGCCUCUGCAAGUCUACAAAGAGCACACCCAGGAGGUUUAUAGUGUUGAUUGGAGCCAAACCAGAGGUGAACAGCUUGUGGUGUCUGGCUCAUGGGAUCAAACUGUCAAACUGUGGGAUCCAACUGUUGGAAAGUCACUGUGCACUUUUACAGGCCAUGAAAGUGUCAUUUACAGCACAAUCUGGUCUCCCCACAUCCCUGGUUGCUUUGCUUCUGCCUCAGGUGAUCAGACUCUGAGAAUAUGGGAUAUGAAAGCAGCCGGAGUCAGAAUUGUGAUUCCAGCCCAUCAGACAGAGAUUUUGAGUUGUGACUGGUGUAAGUACAGUGAGAAUUUGCUGGUGACGGGGGCAGUUGACUGUAGUUUGAGAGGCUGGGACUUGAGAAAUGUGCGACAGCCAGUGUUUGAACUUCUUGGUCAUACCUAUGCUGUCAGAAGGGUGAAAUUUUCCCCUUUUCAUGCUUCUGUGCUGGCCUCCUGCUCCUAUGAUUUUACUGUAAGAUUCUGGAACUUUUCAAAGCCUGAUCUUCUUCUUGAAACAGUAGAACACCAUACAGAAUUUACUUGUGGUUUAGAUUUAAGUCUUCAUAGCCCUACUCAGGUGGCUGACUGUGCCUGGGAUGAAACAAUAAAGAUAUAUGACCCUGCCUGUCUCACUUUACCUCCUUGAGAUGCACUGCUCUGGUCAGAAACAAAGGACCAGAACUGAAGAACUACUUAGCAGGAAAUAAAUGACCUAUUGUUAACAUAUACAUAACAAUUUUAUAUACUAUUCAGAUUCUGAUUUUUUAAAAAUCUGUCUUGGAAUCAGUUUUGAAGCAGCUGACAGAGACAAUUUUGUUAACUAUUUAAGCCUAAUACAUAAGCCAUAUUUCUUGUAAUCUUAAGGAAUAAUUAAUGUUAUGGUAUAUCUUGUAACAGAAAUUAAAAUAUAACCUCUGUAUUGUAAAGAAGAUUAAAAUAUGGGGGGUUUGUAGAUUAUAUUGAUGGUGAUAGAUUUCAUUUUCAAUGUAUAUCAUUUUCAUGUAAAAUAUAAUCACUACUAUAGAUAAAAAUCUAAAUAAAUUGUAUCUCUUGAUCAUUUAUCAUUUUA